AUGAGUCGAGGGCCCCUAUCUCCACAAGACCACAACUCCGCCUUCGUUGACACCUUUUGUCUCUCCUCCAUUCACAAGCAUUACGUCGAUGAUGGUGAGCAUCCAUCGCCCAAUGGGCGAGAGAAGCAGAGAGUGAGGCUCACUCAUGCAAGAGUAACCUCUACUCUUCCUUCAUUCUACAUAUCAUUCAUCCUUUGCUCUUCCUUGGGAGAAAAAAUCACCUCUCAAGUCGAUGAAACAACGGAAGCAACGCAAGAAAGAAACGCAGAACAUGCUGGUGUUGAUAACGGGUCAUGUUUAUUAUUAUCAGACAUGAACGGAUCAAACACUCUCCACUCCACUUUCUCUCAUUACCCCCCAUCAAAUUCCACUACUACUGUUACCAGCAGUUCUAUGCCUUCAGGCUCUUUCGGGUGUUCAGUGUACCACCGCCAAAGAGAUAUUCUAGAAAAGUUGUAUGAAGAAAGCAAGUUGAAUGGUUCUUUAGUUCCCAAUUCCUCGAAAAAAGGGUACAGGGGAGUGAGACAGAGACAGUGGGGAAAAUGGGUGGCAGAGAUUAGAGUUCCUCAGAACAGAAUGAGGGUGUGGUUGGGCACUCACGACACUCCUGAAGCUGCAGCUUAUGCGUACGAUCGUGCCGCUUAUAAACUCCGAGGUGAAUACGCGCGUUUAAAUUUCCCUCAUGGAUUUGGAGAUGAAUCCACGAGUUUGAGUGCUUUGAAGAGCUCAGUGGAUGCUAAAAUUCAAGCCAUGUGUCAAACGAUGAAGAGGGACAAGUCCAAGACUCGCGCUACCCAGAAGCUGUAA